AUGCCGCUACAGGCGGGGAAGCAAAAGGAUCUACCGGGUGAGCAAAAAGGAAAAAACCAGCUUCCCAACGUCAACCGCAUUUCUUUGCAAUCAGGACGCUUCACCGCUUCCGUAUCACAGCUGGAAGAGAACCCCCACGCUCCAAUUGGCCCCGAGAAGAUGACUUGA